UUGGAUAUUUACAUUCGAUCUCGCUACAUGAAUUAUUAAUUGAACUUUCUGGAUGUGUUGGAAGUAUACUACAAUCAGUUGGUGUGUUGGCGAUAUACAACUCACACAGGGAUACAGAUAAUUUGCAGUUUAAAAACCAUCUUUCGGUAUACAUGUAGUUGGUAAUAUCGGCAGAGACUGAUCAUAUCCUACUCUCGACAAAAGACAUGGAAAUGAACAUGAUCCUGGCGAUAUUGUGGCUGAGAAUGUGCCUAUCUUUACAAGAAACGGCAGUUUUAGACAUAGGGGUGAUAACUCACGACUGUCCUGAACAUGGCAUAACAAAUCAGACAAUGAAAUCAACAUCGGCCAGGAAUGAGCAGCUGGUUAUUCAGUUACAAUGGACAUGCGUUGAUGGCAAUGAGAGCUACCAGGUACUUCGGUCAGUGAGGGAAUUCGGACAUGAGCCGAUGGAUCUUAUCUUGAUACCCGAUGACCUAGGAUAUGUGGAUAUUUUGGAUGAUGUCCAAGUGCUUACUCUUGGAGAAGUUAAACCUAUACUGAUGGAUGAAAAAAGCAGGAUUUUCCAGACUACACCAUCAUCUGGCUUGCAAACCGAAUACAGGCGUGACUGCUCCCUGCCUCUUGGUAUCGAAAAUUUUCUUGUCACACUCCAAACCAACGAUAAUCUUACUCUACUAGGCUCGAACUUCUACGCCGUUGUACACCACCUCCACUGGACAUCAAUUAUUAUUCUUUAUGAAAAAGCUUUGGUGUUUUAUAUAGAUCAAAUGAUACGAACUCUAUCGGAGAGUGGCGUUUUUAUUUGGUCUCACGAGAUUGACGGAAUGAGUAAGGACCAUGUUUUCUAUUUACUGCAAAAUAUAGAUGCCCGAAACAAAGACUCCAACGUCAAUAUAACCAUCAUCGCCUACAAAACGCAUGCCGACAAUAUUUUAUCGAUAGCAGGGCAGUAUGUCCAUGAGAACAACAGACGAUCGUCAUUGAGCCUACGUUCCCUGUGGUUGGUGUUCCGAUUGGACGACAACGAUAACUUAGACGAGAUACAGAAUGUUACAUCAGAUAUCGACAAUGUGGCCGUCGUUACUCUUCCAACAUUUAUCACGGAUAUCGUGAUUAGCAAUGGGAGGAUAGAUAUACUCAAUCUCAUAAGAAGAACACUUUACGACUUGGGUUCCAAUACCACAGUGACAUUGAUUAACCAAACAGACUUAACUUUCAUAUUCAAAGAACAACUAAAGGCGCAACUGCAACGUUGUCAUUGGUCAUCGGUUCAAACCCUAAUGUUCUCAGUCGGGGGGCGUAGUUGGAGUAGCGUGGGAUAUGUUGCCAUCAGUGGACAGACAGCUUUCUUCGCCGAUAUCUUCCCAAAUAUGGCACUUGGCUUCAAUGGCCGUAAAUUUCAUGUCACCACAUUGGAGUGGGCGCCAUUUGUUACUGCUUUACCAAAUAACACCUACACCGGUUUAUGUUUUGACCUGCUUGACCAUUUGGCGGCGAGCCUGAACUUCACGUAUGAAGUUGAGGAACCUGCGGAUGGACAAUGGGGAGUACUCAAUUCCAAUGGAACAUGGACCGGCUUAGUUGGUCAACUCGAAAGAUGGGAGGUAGACAUUGUUGCAGCACCUCUUUCGGCACAAGCUAACCGGGAAAAGGUGAUGGACUUCACUUACUCCUACUUUAUUGACUACACUACCAUCCUUAUGAAGAAGCCUGACCCGUAUGAGAAAAAAUGGCGCACUUUGAUCGACCCAUUCAGCGAGCAACUUCUCCUUUGUGUUUUAUUAUCACUGCCGGUAAUGUCACUUCUACUGUUCUUGUUUGAGCGUUUCAGUCCCUACUACGUCAGAGAUGAAGAACGCGAGGGAAUGAGUGGUCUACACACAUACCAGGACGCUUUCUGGUAUAUGUAUGGGGCUCUGCUCACACAAGGAGGAGAACAUCUCCCACAGUCACAAACAGGGCGAACUUUACUGAGUUCCUGGUGGUUGUUCUGCAUUAUUAUGAUGGCUACAUAUAGUGGAAAUCUGAUAGCUUUCCUGACAGUUACCAAGGACAAGCCUCCAUUUUCUACUGUGGCAGGAAUGAUACAAAUGGACAACUACCGCUGGGGCACCAUCGGGGGCAGUUCCUGGAUCGAUGCAUUUAACGAAACUCGAGUUCCUGCGUUUAUGAAAGUGUGGGAAGGGAUGUUGAGAUUCAACGCCAGUGAUCCCAGUACCCUUAGUCCGAAAUCAAGUGUGCACUUUGAAAAGGUGCUAGCGGGAGAUAACUAUGCUUACAUUGGAGACAAAACUCAAAUGGAAAUCAAAAUGGCUGAAGAAUGUUCACUGUUAAUGGCUGAUGAUGAAUUCCUGCCGUUACAAUAUGCCUUCGGAUUUCCAAAUUAUUCCCCUUACACAAAACUUUUUUCAGACGAGUUACUGUAUGUGCACGAGAGUGGAUUAUUGCAUAUAUGGAAAACCCGUCAGUGGCCCCAACGUAGUUUCUGUGCCAGUGAAAUGGUGACAGUUGCAAAGACUAUCACUCUGAUGGAUGUCCAGAGCGCUUUUUACCUGAUAGGGAUUGGCAUAGGCCUAGCAACACUGGUGUUCGGCUUCGAAAAGAUAGCAUAUUGGUACAAGACUAAUUGUAAAGGUCAACAUGAAGCAAUAAAUAUGGACUCGGAUGCCGUAAACAUUAAGAAUAUUUAUAUUACAGACAGCGUAUGAAUACUGGUUAUAAUCGUAUCCAUCGCACACAAAAAAAUAUAUAUAUAUUGAAAGUUCAUCAAGGAACAUAUUGCAAAUAGGCAAUGACCAAGUGAUACAUACUGCUAUCAAUUAUGUUCAAUUCCUUUUGGAAAUGUUUUAUUUGACUGCAAUCUUAGGUUAUUUUUUAGUAUAACUAGUGUAUGUUUCAUAAAACUACGAACGUGCCCUCGAAGAUGAUUCCAAGAAUGUUGUAAUGAAAUGAUUUUUUUUUCAUAACCGGAAUACAAUAUAAUAGCGGAACGAAUGUGCCUGCAAUAUGACAUUUUCCGUUUGCCUUUGAGUUGGCAUCAUCAAAGAAAACGCCAUCCUUUAAAACAUAUCUGACUAUCACUGUAAAGUCUUACCAUGGACAGAUAUGACUGACUUACAUAAAACAUUUUCUCGGUGACUCUUUUAAGGAAACCUUUAUGUUCUGUCUCUUGGCCUAUAUAUAUAUACAUAUAUUAAAUUCUGCUGCUACCCUCGCUUAACGCUCAGCAUUUUGGGAAUGUGACGACUAGUUCGCCCGUUGUCAGGGUUAGCACAUUAAAGUAGACAUCAGUUUUGCCUUAUCAAAGGGAGACAAAGAUAAAUAUAACACGGUGUCCCAAAACACACCUUUAUACGUACACUAUACGCAUGCCUCUCUCACGCAAUAGAGAAAGUCCUUAAAAACUUUGUUGAUAGGACGUUAAACAAUGCUAUUCCUGGCCUCUGCUGGCAUUGUUGUAUUAUGUUUUACCUUUCAAUUUGUCAAGGUACUCAGCAUGAUUUUUUCUCGUUCGGUAUUUUUGACGGGUAGAACAUUACAUACUAGACUAGCAAAAGUAGUCCUCCUCUGGCAUAUAACCUCUUUGAUUGUCCUUAAUAGUUAUGAUAUUCUUAAGAUCCUAUUAACACUAUCAAUGUCAUAAGGGCCGAUCAACACUAAAAGUCAUAAGGGCCGAUCAACACUAAAAGUCAUAAGGGCCGAUCAACACAAAGUCAUAAGGGCCGAUCAACACUAAAAGUGAUAACGGGCUAUCAGUACUAUAAAAGGCAUAAGGGGCUAUCAUAUCGACAUUAUAAAGGUCACAAGGGCCUAUCAACACUUAAAGGACAGAAAGGCCUAUCAACACUGUUAAGUCAUAGGAUCCUAUCAGCACCGUAAAGGUCAUAAGGUCCUAUCAACGCCGUAAAGGUCAUAAGGUCCUAUCAACGCCGUAAAGGUCAUAAGGUCCUAUCAACGCCGUAAAGGUCAUAAGGUCCUAUCAACGCCGUAAAGGUCAUAAGGGCUUAGCCGUGCCAACUUAUAAAAAGGUAGUUAUUUCUCCUGCUUACACCCAAUAACAUGGUUUAUGGUAAACUUGGCAAAUUUCCACUUGAAAUUGAAAUAAAAUUAAGGAUGUUCAUGUCUUUGCAUAAAUUAAUCAUAUUAGGAGACAAAUUGUUUAGUACGUUAUAUCGCUAAAUACCAAAAAUUCAAGAAAAUCAAAGAAUUUAAAUGGCUUAGCUAUAUAAAACAAAUACUUUUCUACUAUCCAAUCAUCGUCUCGUGGACAAUGCUAUUCUAUCUUUAAAAUCAAUUUAGCAUUGAGUCUUAUAUAAUUUAACUUAAUACUCAAGAGCGCAGUGUUAUCAGCAAAUAUAGAAUGUUAAAAUUAUUACUAUACAAAUCCAAGUAUAACUGAAAUGACAGGUAUGUUUAAAUAUUCUAACAGAUUAUCUUUAUAUAGAGUGAGUCAUUUCCUUAAAAUUGUAGAUAAUACUUUGAAUUUCAAGUUAAAUAUAGAUAAGUAUUCUAUUUCAUAUUAUGUUGUACUUAUUACGUUUCUAUGAAUAGUGAGAUAGCAUUUCUUAUAAUUACGACACUCUUGUAUUUUCACGUUAUUACCUGUAAACCAUGUACAUUGUUUUGUCAUAUUGACCUCUUGAUACACAAUUUGUGUUCUGAGUGAAAACAAAUCUUCAAAUCUUGCUUAACGCUCAGCAGGAAAUGGCUUGGUUUGGUUUUGCUUCAAAUUGUUUAAGUCUUCUCAACACCAUUCAUUUAACAACUUCGCUGAGUUUUGUAGGUAAAUUAUACAAGUUUUUCAGAUUAAUUUUUUAUCAAAUUAAUCUUCCAUAUGUACCUAGUGUUAUACAUCAAAUGCUAGGAUAUCACCCAAACAUCAUUUUCUUUACAAUAGUUUUCACCUAUGACCUUUCAGGUAGGAAAGGUCAAAGGUCUCAAAGAUAACAACUCGUUAAAAAUAUGAUUUUUGAUGUUUAACUUAUUUGUUCACACAUAAAAAUAUUAAACUACAAGCAUGCGUGAAGAUAGUCUAACAAGAUGACCUAGAAAAUGCCUGUGAUAAAGGUUUUUCAAAGGGUUUCGCAACAGGACCAUAUAUGGAAAAAAAUAACAAAACAAAAAAGUUUUUAGCGUCAUAAUAAUCACUAUGAUAUAUUUUCAAAUAUUUUUUAAUGAAAUGUAUCAGUUGCAUCAAUAUAUUGAACAAAGAAACGGAUAUAUCGUUUUAUUUAGCACCCAAAAAGGCCGAAAAACAAAACAACAACAUUGCUAUGAAGGUUUUUCUUUAAGUGUGUGUCUGUGAAUGAAAAUAUUUUUUAUAUUCAUUUCAUGGACUAAGGAUAAUACUUUGAAGUAUGAAUAAAAAUGCUUACUCUCUGGGAUAUAUACAUUCCCCUGGAUUAUACAGGUAUGUUACUAUGGGAGUUCUCAUGCCAAAACAAAGGAGACAAUUCGUAUUACAUACCACUGCACUUUUAUCUGGUUAAACAUCACUCAUACAGGUCCUUUCGGCAAUGUUGCCUAAUUAAUCAUAAACUCCUUAUUCGGCCUUUUCCUGUUCGGAUAACAAGGGCAAGGACAUAGAAAGAAUAAUAACGGACCUCAGAUAUUUGGCGGUCUUGGUUCACAGUUAUAAGCAAUUAGCUAUGUGCCUCAGGGGUCCAGUACUUGUUUGUCUAACUCAAGAAAGAAGAUGGAACAGUUCGAUUAUGUAUAGACUAUCGAAAACUCAACACAGUGACUAGGAAAGACGUAUAUCCGCUCCCUGAUAGAAGAUGCCCAGGACACACUUUAUGGGGCCAAAUGGUUAAGGAAGUAAGAUCUAACUAGUGGAUAUUGGCAGUACGGACGAGGCGGGUAAACAUAAGACAGCAUUUGCGGACCACAAAUAUUCAUAUCAGUUAAAUGUAAUGACAUUCGGGUUGUGUAAUUCCUCUGCAACAUUUCCCUGAAUGAUGCAGCUGGUUUAUUAGAGCGAGUUCAAGGAACAAGUAGCUGUGCUAUCUCGAUGACAUCAUACUUUUCGGUGACUCGUUCCAACCCGCACUAACAGAUCUGAAGGAAAUUUUUGAGUGUCUCAGAAAAGCAAAUCUCACCUUAAAAAUGUUCUCUAUUCCAAUCUAGUGUAGAAUACCUAGGGCAUGGGGUUUCUGAAGCUGGUAUAAGCUGUAACCCUGAAAAAGUAAAAGCCGUAGCAGAGUGGUAUCGGCCUACCGAUAUUUCAUAGCUUCGAAACUUUGUCGUUCUGCCUGGUUCGUACCUCCGCUUCAUAACAGAUUAUUUUUGUAGUUGUCUCCCCUAAUGUGCCAAUACACAUUGGAACACCCAUUAUUCAAUUGUCUUUACGUUCGAUAAUCUACAAACGCUUUUUAUGUAUUUGGUUAUUAUUAGAUUAAAAAUGAUUUGAUUAAACAACC